AUGGAAAAAAGGUACGUGAGGUAUAUCUCAAGCGCCGCAACUCAAGGCACAGCCAUAAUAGCUUGUGAAUCAUCUAACAUCAGCCCGGCGGCCGAAUCUUUAGAAACUUGCCCCAAGAACUGUAGAACUAGAGCUCGCCAUCUAUACUUGGGCAAAACCAGACAGGCAUGGUGCAUGGGUACAGUAGAUGCCCCCACCCAGCGCGGAUUCGACGAACCCUCACAACCUGUUUCUCAAAUUCCCCGGCUCUCGUUCCUUCAACUAGUUCCCUCGCCUCACGCAACCUCGCUCUACGAGACGAAUGAGAAGACCACUCAAGCAAUCCCCUUCCCUUAA